AUGGCAACGAGGACUUCUAUCAGACCAAGACCCGUUGACAUAUUGCGUCAGCUUAACAUCGUCCGGGACGUUGCUGAGCUAGACAAAACAGAUGACCUUGAUGCAGCUCAGACUCAGGCCCCCGCGGCGGCUUUUGAGCAGCCCCCGGCGGGCUCACAGAAGAAGAAGAAAGAGGUCAAGGAGAUUCCCGUGCCGGAGGUCCGCAUAGUGCCCGGGUACACCCGCGAGUACUUACCCCUUUUCCGAAUACCUGAAACCUACAUCCGUGGCAAAGGUGGCGUGGGCUGGGCGCGGGAGGACUAUUGCGAGUACGACCUCGAUAACGAGGACGAAGACUGGCUGGAGGCAUUCAAUGCGGGGGCCGCCAAUCGGCUGUCCGAGGAGAAGUUCGAACACAUGCUGUGGCGGCUGGAGACGGCGAACGCCGAGGCCAAUCAGAGGGUCAUGAGUGAAGCGGGCUCCGGUGCGCAGGAUUGGCGCAUGUUGCCCGCUGCGGUGGCCGCCACCAGCAACAUGAGCCGGGAUGAGGCGCUGUCGGUGAUGCGGAAGUACGCCUGCGCGCGAGACCCCAUCCUGCAUGCCGUGUAUGACUACUGGCGAGGCAAACGCGAGCGCUUGAACAGGCCCAUCAUGCGGCGGUUACAGGCGCCGACCAACCCCAGCGACACGAAUCCGUACAACGUGUUCAGGCCUCGCGAACGAGUCAACCGGCCUCAAACCCGCCGGCGACGAGAAAACACUCAGGACUGUCUGGACAAGAUGCGCCAGAUACGCGAAAGCAUGCUCAAGUCUCUGGAGAUGACGGAGCUGCUCACAUUCCGGGAAGCGCGCAAGCGUGAUAUACACCGGCUGGAGGUGGACAUGCAGCGCUACCAGGUCGCUCGCCACCACCAGCCGCGGCACCAGUUGGAGGCCAUCGAGGCGGAGGGGGCGGCGCAGCUGCAGGAGACCAUGGCGCGGAGCCAGCAAGGGGAAAGCAGACUGCGGGCCUACCUGGACUCGGCGAGCUCGCUGGGAGGGUGCAACGCAGUCACCAGCUAUGACUCCCCCCUGCGCCGGGCACUGCUGCGCAAACGGAGGCGACAAGAGAUGGAGGGCUGCGUCAAUGGGGAGGCAGUAGCCCGCGUGCCGCCGCCACCGCUGCCGGCCGACGACGAAAUGCUCAUCCUCUUCACGCCCGACUUCGCCAAGUUGCUUGGGCAACAACAACAACAACAGCAGCAGCAGCAGCAACAGGCAGGGUCAGGAUCCGCGGGGGGUGCAGUGGCAGCGCAGCCACCGCCGCCGAGCUCGCCGGCGGCCGCCGCCGCCGCCAACGGAGGCGGCGGCGGCGGCGGCAAGCCCCCUGUCCUGGCGCUGCCGCCGGGUCUGGAUCUCCGCUGUGUCCGUCCCCGGGUGUCUCGAUGUGGUCGGACCCUUUUGACGCGAUGUGACCCGCUGACCCUGCGGCCGCACUCCCCGCAACAUCAACCGCCGUCAGGGAUCGUAGACCUGGCGAUUCCUGUGGGCCUGGCGGCGCGACACCCGCUGCUGCUAUCCGCGCAGCUGCCCAGCGUGCCCUGGGCCGCGACGCUGGACUUGGACUUGCUGCCGGAAGGCAUCGCUGACAAGGCGGCUCUGCGCGCGCAGCGGGAACGACGGCUCAAUGCUGACCGCUUGAACGCAGCCAUGCUGCGGCAAACGCAGCAGACGCUUCAGCAGCAGGCAGCAGGAGGCAUGGUGGGCGCAGCUAGUGUUGCGGGCGCGGCGGCAGCAGCGGCGGCGGCAGCCGCGGCGGCCGUGCCGGCAGCGGGACCCCUCGCAGCUGCGGCGGCGGCUCCACUGCCGCCGCCGCUAGCGGCACCCGCCGCUACCACAGCUGCAGCCCCAGCGGCGGCACCCGCCUUAACGCAAAGGCCGCCGCCGCCUCCACCUGCCGUACCUAGCCAGGGUGCUCCUGCGGGCACGCUGCCUCACGUGCCCCAAGGGGGGACCGGUGGCACGCUGCCACAGGCACCGCCGGCGGGAACGACACCGCCGCCGGCCGCGGCGGCGGCGGCACCACAGCCGCCGCCGCCAGCCCAACCAGCGGUGUCGGGCCAGGCUGGCACUUCCGGAGGCGGUGGUAGCGGCGGCGGAGCCGCCGGUGGAGCUGCACCACCUGUUUCUGCGCCACUGCAACCGUCGGCUGCCCCGGGCAGCUUGGGAGGGCAGGCGCGUAAGGUGCCGAAGGUGGCGGCCUCGCCAGCGCCAGCUGGGGCCGCGGCAGGGGCUGCAACGCCGUCCGGCUCGGCGGCCGCAUCAGCAGCUGGCGCGGCCACCGCGGCCACAUUGCCGGCCUCUAAACAGGGGACGGCCGCUGGUGCGGGGCCCGGCAGCAGCGCGCAAGGGGGAGCGCCGGCGGGGGGCGCGGCCCAGGCAACACCUGCUGGCCCGCCAAGCUCCCAACCGACACCGUCCACCGGCAACACCUCAGGGACAGCAGCUUCACCGUUACCCACCGGCGCUGUAGCUGGCAUUGGAGCAGGCCAACCCCCGCUGGCGGCGGGUGCCGUGUCGCCGCCGGCGCCGCAGCCGACGGCUGCGGCUGCAACAGGAGGUGCUGCUGCUACCGCAACGGGGACGCCGGUAAGCGGCGCGGCGGCGCCCGCCGGGCCGUUGCCGUCGGGCGGCGGCGGUCCUGGGGCUGCGGCUGCCGCCGCCGCGUCAACCGCCGCUGCCGCCGCGGGUGGCUCUCCGGGUACCGGGCCCAGCGCUAAGAAGCUGCUGCCCACUAGCAAGGCCGUCGCCGGACCGUCCUCCUCCUCCUCCUCGGCCGCAUCGCAUCUGAAACGGGGACCCGGGCGACCCCCCAAGGCGGCUAAGGCCAACGGCGACACACCGAUCCCCUCCAGCACCACCGUGCCAAUGGACAUGCUGUGA